AUGGUUGUUGUUGUUCCUGCUGUCGACGACGACGUUCUAAUUACAACAACAACGGCAGCAACGACAGCGACAGCAACAGCAGCACAGCCAACGACGACGACAACAGCAAACACAAAUAUCGGCAACGCCAACGGCAAUAUCCAAUUUGAGGCAACAGUAAAAGCAUUAACGCCACCAAACACUUGUGAGUCGGCUGAGACGUCCUCUAAUAAUAAUAACAACAACAACAACAACUACAGUAACAGUCAUCAACAACAUCAUCGCAGUGAUAAGACAACAACGACAACGACGACGAGAACAACAGCAAUUGCCGCUGGCACGCAGAAGCAACAGCCAGCAGAAAAAACAGCAGCAGCAGCAGCAACAACAACAGGGGCAACAUCUGUUGCUGCUGUUAGUUCACUGCCAGUGCCGUCAAAAAGUGCAGUGAGUCAACGACAAGUGGAUAUUAAAAUUGAUAAGAAGAGCAACAUGGAACAAGCCACACAGCAGCUAACAAAAAAGGUUCUCAAACUAGAUUUGAGUGGCAAAAAUUUAGAUGACUAUGCACUCAAAUCACCAAAAUCACCCAUAGCAGCACGUUUGCCGCAUCAAACAUCGUUGACAUCAUCGGUGGACGUUGAGGAUCGAAAGACAUUACGAGAGGCCUUAUAUCAGGGUAUAUUUCAUCGACAUCGCCGUACCAUAUUUGCCGUGGGUAGCUUUUUGCGAAUGCUGCGCAGUCGGAAUGCCCAAUAUAAUACCAUACGGAGCUCAUCGGAGGGCGAGGAUAUCGAUGAGUUCCUCAAGAGGCGCAGCAGCAAACUACUGAAAUUGCCGCAUCUCUUUGAUCGCUGAUUAGGAUCAGCUACAAAAGAAGCUGGGAAUUGAUUUUUAAUACUCUUAAUAAUUUAUACAAUUUCAACAUAUGAAGAAUAAUAAUAACAACAAUAAGAAAUAUA